AUGCUGGGGCUGCUGCCAUUCUUUAGGGAUGAGCGAGAUAUACAGCCCCAGCCGCAGCUACAAAGGAGACACUACCUGCUGAUACUCUCGGUAAGAGCUUCGGUAUACUCGCUGUGA